CUCUGUGCAGGAGCUCGGUCGCAGCAUUUCUCUUCACUGCAGGGGCAGCUACAUUCUCUUCUCCAGGAUGUCGGGCCUUCUGACCAGCUCUGUUCUCCUCAUAUUCUCCCUGAUGCUGUUCCAGAUACUCACACCAGAGGCAAAGCCUCUCUCCACCAUGCAUGGGGGCGGUCACAACUUCGACAGCCAGGCAGGUGGAGUCCGUCUUCGAAGGGACCUCCGCGAUUCAGUGCCCUAUGAGGCCCAGAUGAUGUCAUACCCUGGAGCUGACUUCAAGGAUCGGAGUGAUCUGUACUACAAACCAGAGGCCUUGAGAGCUCAAGGUCUUGGACAAGCCCUCCAGCGAAUGGUGGAAAACGACCAGAGGCGAGAACAGGAGGCAGCUUAUCUGGCUUCAUUGAUGCGUCUCCUCGAGGCCCAAAAUAACGGACAGGUCAAACCAGUAGAGGAGCAGGAGGAUGAAGGGGAUUUCCAGGGACCAUACCCUCCAGACUAUGAUGAGACCGAGCAGGCUGUGAGCAUGGCUAAGCCUCAGGCAUCAUGGCAAGGCCUUCUGGAUCCUCAGCUUACUCAGGCCUUACUCAACAGCUACAAGCAGGAGAGACUGAUGCAGGCUGGACUUGCUCCAACCACCAACAGGAUUCCAGAGAGGGAGCAGGACAAAGACCAAGAGAUGCUUAGGUACCUCGUUGAGAAAAUCCUCUCCAGUUUGGCAUCGGGUGGAAACCAGGCAGGCUCCUCAAACCAGCGUGCUAAACGGGACCUGGGAGCCGUGACCAGCUUGGAGAAAGCUGGAGGCUCCGUCCUAAAACGAGCUCGUCGCUCCCUGGACUCCGCCCCCGUCCCCUCCACCCAGGCAGAGGCCUCACUGUUGAGAGUGAAAAGGCUUGACGAUGACUUCGAUGAUGAAGGGGUCAUAGUGCAGAGCAACAGAACACCACAUGUCGGCCUGCAGAGAAUGAAACGCAUAGACACUGACCAGCCACCCCCUCAAAAACACAGCCGCAAACGCAGAGCGCUGACCUAUGACCCCAACCUGAUCGCACAGCACAUCCUGCAGUAUCUACCAGCCUAAAGAGUUCAAGUGAAAAAGAAGGGGUAAAUAUGGGAUAAAAAUAAAGGGAAAUAUAAAUAUAGACAGAUAGGCAGAAAGAGAGUUUUCAAUGGGGAAUGCUAAAUUUGCUCACUGAUACGCCAGCACUCACUGUCAUCUGCCUACGUCUAAACAGGCCUGCUUGCUAGGGUACCAAUGUUAAUGUGUUUCGAUGUUAUACUAUAAUACAUUCCACACACAUAACAGCUUAUAUAAUAUGCUUGCUUUUCUCGCCAUAUGUUAUAAAGGCAUAUUAUUGCAUAUUAUUAAUUUGAUUGACUGAUUUUAAAUUAUUUAAUUAGAUGUUGCUGUAUUUGUUGAAAUCAAGAGGAUUAAGGUAACACUAACCUUUGUGCCACGGUGGGUACCGAUUCUUUACUCUGUUGUGAUCAUAAGCUAUUAAUAAAAAAUAUUUUUGGGGGAUUAUGCAGUAGGUAACUGUAUAACUGAUAAGCUCCCAACAAUGGUCCUUAACACACAGCUUGACCAAGGUCACGCAAGAGUGCGUUUAGGAAAUACAAGGGACAUUUUUCCUCAUGCAGUCACAUUACAUGAGCUCAGUGGCCCCAAAAAGUAUUUGGACAUGUAAGUCACACUUAAAAAUGUAGGAAUCUCAUUGAUCUAGGUAGGAAAAAAAUCAUAGCAAAUCAUGUUUUUUUAUUUAUUUAUUUUUUUUUAUUUUUUUAUGAAUGAUAACAAGCUGAUUUUUCAAGCAAAACAUUUGACAAAAAUAAGUUUAGGUUUUAAACUACAAAUCAGAUAAAUAGAUAAUUCUAUAUUCACUAGUGAAAAUGCUAAUUCUUGAUAUAAGUAAAUACAUUUGCACUAGUAAAAACAUUCAUUCUUGAUAUCGAAAAUGAUGUAAUCACUCACGGAAAUACCCAUUCUUGAUAUAAAAAUUGUAAUUUCAACUAGUAAAAAAGAUCAUUACUAAUGUCUGUAACUGCAUUUUCACUAGUAGAAUUUCUCAGUUAUCUGUCAAUCAUUCCUGUUCAAACGCUGUUACAGAUACUCUGUCUAUAAUUAAUUUCUUACAUAUAGUUGAGAACUUCUUACUAGUAAAAAUCAUCUUUUUUAAUAUAAUGUUUAUUUAUGAUAUGAUAUAACAUGAUGAAUUUAUUAUUUCUGUACAUUUAUUUCAACAUGUUAGAUUUUGAAUUUUAGAUACCUGGAAAUGGAUUAUAGAUUUCAAUCAACUGAAGAGCCAUUAACGAAAUCUUAAAAGGCUUUCUUUCUAGUUACAAAAACAUUGCAGAUAUCCAAAAUUAACACUGCCACUAGUGAAAACCAAAUGACCAAUAUCAAAAAUUAGCAUUUUUACUCAUUAUAAUUCAGUUGCUGAUAUCAGGAAUGGACAUUUGCACGAGUAACAAUUAUCAUUUUUACUAGCAAGUAUAACAUUGCUGAUAUGUGAAAUUGUUAUUUCAACUAGUAAGGAAUUCAUUAUAUCUGUAAAUGUGUUUUGAACAGGAGUGAAUGACAUUCUACUAGUGAAAAUGCAGUUACAAGUACAGUAUCACAAUACAGUUGAAAUUCUAUUUUUGAUAUCAGGAAUUAGCAUUUUAACUAGUAAAAAUGUAAUUGUUGAUAUCUAUAAUUCAUAUACUGCACAUGAUUAAAUGUCAGAAGGGCUUGCGAUGGUUAAACUACACCUGUGGUUUCUCAACUGAGUUCACACAUUCACUAAAAAUCACCUUAAAGUCAUUGCAAAAAUGUCUCAGAAAAGUGAAGCUAUUUCAUACAUUCAUAAAUUCCAAAUACUCUAUGAACGUGAACGUCAGCUUUUGUUUUUAAUUAGCUUCCCAAGAACAUUAUCGAUUUGGAAAUAAAUGAUAAUGAAACAACUAAUUCCACUGAGACAAACAUCUCUGAAAUAUGUUUAUUUAUUACAACAUUAUUAUUAUUAUUAUUAUUAUUAUUACACAAAAUAACUGAUACAUUCAGAACCGUUAGAGGACCCUUGUAAACGGCACAAGACAUCAGAACAGCUACUUUAUAUAACAACAGGCAGCACUCUAUACUUUUAACCAUGAAAGAGCCAAUCAAAACAUUUUAAAAACAAGUCUCAUGUCUUCUCUUUUCUCUGAUUGGUUGUCUUUAGUGGUGUCAUCUUCUCAGUAAUGAAUGUGUUAUGUGUCCUAUCCAAGUUUGAUGGACUGUGUUUUUUUCCUCUUGGUUUUGCCAAUGAAACACUAUAUCUGGGUUUCUGUACUAACUGAUCUCUCUGUCCCAAACUUUUUGCCCUCUAGGUUUGUAAUCUGACUAUUAUGAAUUUGUGAAGGAAAUCGUGACUCCGAGUAUACAAACGCUUUUUCGAUAUUCGUGCCGUCAUAAAAUCUUGUACCAAAAUACUUAAAUCUGCACAGCAAGUUUUGUCAAGCAACAAAAUCACUGUUAGUGCUAAUAAAGUGUAUUUGAACAAUCA